AUGGAUCAGGAUAUCCAAACCUCGAUGCAGCGCAAACUCCCUUGCGCGUUCAGGUUGGAGCUCGUUGGUUGUGCAUCACCCAGCAACCUCGACGAUGAUGAGAUAAAUCCCAACGUAGAGGACGUGCCUAUAUCUCGGCCCCUCGACGAGAUCACCGAAAACCACCUCCAAGCCUACGCUUGGAGCACGCUCAAAAUCCGCACUCAAGCAUCGGAGCUCCUCGCCCGCUCACGCACCUUGGGAUGUCCCGACGAAGUCCUCAAAAUCGGCCGCGAGCUCGAGGGAAAGUUAAACGACAUAAGCAAGUUCUUCCCCCCCAUCCCAGGUCCACCCCAAUUUGGCCCGGACAGUAGCUACCGCAAAUGGUACCACUGCGUUCGCCUUGACCUCCACGUGCGGCUAUCGCUCCUAGUUCUUUACGAGCCCUUCGCGCUCGGCUACCACAAUUGCCCGGAGGAGAUCCAGCGCGCUUACCUCACCUCUUGCUUGGCCGUGCUUACCUACCUAAAAGAUGCCCACUCCGCCGGUGCCCCCACAAUCCCCCGCAAGGAGCUGUCUGUGUUGUACGAGGCCGUGGCCGACGCAGCGUAUGGUGUAUGUUAUUUUGUGAAGCAGGCAAGGGGACCUGAUGAGCAUGGGGAGGAGAAUCGGCCGGAGAUAUUGGGUUGCAAGGUUGGGGACAUGCUGCAGAUCGUGGACGUCGUGCUGGAGAAGUGGUUGGGGUUUGUGAAGCUGACUGACAGCCGUCAUUUUGGCGACCUGAUCGCGGUGUCGAUCAUGUGGGAGAUGCUGCAGACUGGGACACCGGACGACAAAGUGGGCAAGAUGCAAAUGAGGUUGGAUCGGAUUCUGGCUUUUUGCUCCCGGCGCGUUCCGUGGGGGAAGCUGAGAUUCUCCUCUGCAAGCGCUGGUAGUGGUUCUGCCUCUCAGACAGCCGCCAGUGUCUCGCAGGUACAAUCUCGGGGCGCCAAGGCCCCUGCGAGUGGCUCUCAGGUACAAUCCAGGGGCUCCAAGGCACCUGAGCUACCUCCGAAGGCCACUUGGGGGGACCUAUCCCGGUAUUGGGAUCGCCUUACUCGGCGGAAAGUCUGA